CCAGAUCAGAAGGUUGCGUGUUCGAUUCACGUCGGGUUCAAACCCCCGAUCCUAAUCCGGAUCCUUUUUUAUUUUUCAAUUCUGCAUUUUCAACCGCAUUUUCCAUGUUUUUUUUUGUUCCACCAAGUCGUGGAUCAUCUUCGAUCUCGAUCUCUCCCACACAAAAAUGGAAGCGAAAGAGCUUCGCCUCGCUGCUAUUUAAUGCAGUCCCAUCACACUCACACUCAUUUUUCUCCUUAAAUUUCCACACAAAAAUAUCUUUUUGAGGAAAAGAGAAGGACCAGAAGAGAGCCGAAGCCAUGGACGUGGAUCCAAACAGCGCGGCGCAGGAGGCGGCGGCCUUCUUCCGCGCCGCGCCGCCACUCCGCGACCGCGGCCGCGUCGCCGCCAGCCUGGCCGCCUUCGUCGCCCGCCACUCCACCGGCAACGGCGGAGUGGUGUGCGUCACCUCCGGCGGCACGACGGUGCCCCUGGAGCAGCGCUGCGUGCGAUACAUCGAUAAUUUCAGCUCCGGCCAGCGGGGGGCGGCCUCCACCGAGUAUUUUCUCAAGGCCGGCUACGCUGUCAUCUUCAUCCAUCGCCGUGGGAGCAAGCAGCCUUACUGUAGAUUUCUUCCAGAGGAUUCAUUUCUCGAUUUUUUUGAGCUCGGUGAAGACUCUGAGAUCCAAGUUCCACAAUCUCAUUCCACGGUGGUCAAGGCAGCGAUUAGCAAUUAUCGCAAGGCAAUUGAUGAAGGCCUUCUCCUUAAACUUCCUUUCACUACGAUUUUCGAGUACCUUCAGUUACUACAGAUGGUAGCUACUUCUAUGAAUUGCCUGGGGCACCGUGGAAUGCUUUAUCUUGCUGCCGCAGUUUCCGACUUCUACGUUCCAUGGGAAAGCAUGGCUAAACAUAAAAUCGAGUCAGCAGGUGGCCCUUUGAACAUGCAACUCAGUCAAGUUCCUAAGAUGCUUUUCAUCCUGAGGAAAAAUUGGGCUCCUUCAGCAUUUUGUGUAUCCUUCAAGCUCGAGACAGAUCCCAAUAUUCUUCUGCAGAAGGCAGAGACGGCUUUGAAAAAGUAUGGUAUGAACGUCGUGGUUGCAAACGAGCUAGCAAACUACAAAGAUACAGUAGUGAUGGUCACAAGCAACGGGAGGAGGACCGUGAGCAGGAACAGCAAGGAGGAUGACCUGGAAGAACAGCUAACUGAUCUCUUGGUAAAGAUGCACUCGGAGCAUAUUACGCAGCCCAAUUCAGAGGACCAUCAAAAAUGGACGAGCUGAGAUGGUUACAUUCGACAUGGUGAUGGCAAGUAUCGGCUAUUUGACUACUUUGUUCUCUUAGCAAGUUGCUGCAGAGUUCAUAAUGUCACUGUUCUUGUGGCGCAGCUGGGGCUCACCCUAUAUGAUGCACACAGUGAUGUAAAGAGAGAGUAAGAUUGACUAGAGCUUUGCAAAAAUGCAAUCUAUCCCUCAUGAUACAUUGGUUUGGCGUCCGAUGAAUUCCUUGUA